AUAGAUUGUAAUUUAUUUAAUGGAAUUGUAAUUAAGUUUUGAAACACAGUAAUAACCUGUGUCACUCUGGUACAAUGGAUAUUCGGGAAGGUAUCAAGUCACAGUUUCUAGAUUUGGGUAUUGAAUUAUCGGACAGUAUCCUUGAUAAAUGUGUGGAAAUAUGUGUUCUUCACAAUAUUGAUGAGGACGCAUUUGUGGAGACAUGGAUGGCUUACAGUGUUACCAAUUUGGAAGGGGAAGCCCCAACCAUUGAGACCCUUUCAACUAUGGAACGGAAAGAAUUUGCCAAUAAAAGCAAAAACGGCUCUACAAAUACACCUGGUUCUCGACCGUCAACUACUCCAUUGACCAUAUAUAACAAAACUCCAACAAGCAGCAAAAAACCUGCAGUUGAAAACUGGAAUCGACUUGAAAACAUAACUCCUAAGGUAAGUGGUUGCUUUUAUUUUAGUACUUACUAGUAGUUAUCCCUUACUUCACACUU